CCUUGCUGGCUUGGCUUUGCUGGCCUGGCUCGCUCAUACCGUCGUGUCCUCUCCUCUUUUCUCUCGGCCACCAGAAGUUCCCUUCCUCUCUACCUUCUCGUCAUUUUCCAUACUCCUAACGCACUCCUUGGCCCACCAUGACGGUACAACAACAACAGUCGCGCUUCUCCGACACGGACCAGGAAAGCGUUUAUGCGCUCCUCCAUGGCUACACGGCCGACGCCGUCGAGGAGGAGGGUAAUGAGAGGCCCUUCGUUGCUCCGGACACGGAGGAGGAGCGCAAUAGAGUAUGGACAGCCUGGACCGAGUUUUGUGGACUUACUGGACAGAAAGAGGGUGCAGUUGACAGCUGUGGUGUCGACCCCUGCCGCUUCUGGGUGACCUUCGCUCAAGAUCCAACGGCCGCAAAGGUUCAGGCACCAGUCCGGGUGUUUCUGCACCAAUAUGUGCAGAGCUCCUGCAAGGAACGCGUCGUGCUGGGGCCAGCGCUGCCGUCAGAUCAAUCAGAUCAAAUAUAGGGUGCCCAUCUGAUCUGAAAGGGAAUUCGGGCCCGAAAUCUGAUUGAUUGACUGUUUAGUUGAUAUGUCUGGUAGUGUCUGAUAUCAGGACCCCUGCUGACCGCCGUGAGGCUAUUCCAGCCACCGAAAUAGCAUUGCGACCCCGAUUCUUGGUGUUCUGGGCUUACCACAUCCCAACGGCUGCUAUUCUUCCUGCAGCUGCUGCAGCUGCUGCUGGCCGCGGCUUUCGUCUUCA